AGAAAGCGAGGGCAGCUUUUGCGAGUUUAAGAAAUGUAUGGAAAAACAACCAGAUUAGUCGACGCACCAAAAUCCGAAUUUUCAACUCGAAUGUGAAAUCUGUGCUGCUAUAUGCCAGUGAAACCUGGUGUGUAUCAGUGGAGAACACUUAACGGCUGCAGGUCUUCAUCAAUAGAUGCUUGCGGUAUAUAAAUCGUGCAUGGUGGCCUCACAAUUGAAUCUCCAACGUGGAGCUCCAUCGUCGAUGUCAUCAAAAGCCGAUAGCGACAGAAAUUCGGUAGUGAAAGUGGAGGUGGGUCGAACACACUCUACGCAGAGGCGGAAACGAAAUCUGCAAACAAGCGUUAGACUGGAACCCAAUAGAACAUCGCAGCAGAGGCAGACCCAGAGGCUCGUGUCGGCGCAGCCUCAACAACGAAAUCAAGCAAGUCGAAAGAAAUUUGACCUGGCCACAGGUCAAGGCGAUCGCCCAGGAUAGAUCUUUCAAUUCGGCCCUCUGCACCACCGUGGGUGCCCAGGACUGAAAGUCAGUAAGUAAGUAUACCGUCGCGUGCUGUCGCCCGUCUAGGUAGGAAACGUGAAAACAUCUGUAGACUGUACUCCAAGCACUGUUUACUAUUUUUCAUUCAUACAACCGAUUGAGCGUAUGUGUACAUAAAUAUAAUGGAAGCAUUUCGCAAUAAUGAAGGUUGCAGUAGACAUAAUUACACAACGGGGUACUGCCUUAUCGUGGCAACGUGCUUUUUUAUUUAACGAGCAUAGAUCGCAAAGCAAUGUCUACGAACCACGUGCUUAUCAAGCGAUAUGAUGUUUACACAAUAAGCCAAGUAUAUAGCACCACCAUGCAGAAAAAAAGUCUUAGUGUCCCUAACGCAGAUCAAGGAUGAACUACCAGUGCCUGACCGUUGGUCUACUAUGGAUUCUCAGUACGACCGGUAACUUCGCCGCAUCAACCAAAGGAAACCUCGUCGAAAAAAGCUACCAACGAGCUACCUUCGAGUGCAACCAAUAUCUUGGUGCAAGCACACAGUGUCAAGCCCGCUGCGAAGCACUGGUACUACGAUCCUGGAACGACAGCUCCGGUCUACAAUACAUCCCGUACAGCCGACACUUCCGACCGGAUUGCAACGAUGUUAACUACCUGAAUCGGACUCUGCAAUGUCUCGACGAUAGGCUGGAAGCGGCUCCAUGCGGAGCAGUUUGCUGCACGGCGUCGAUCUACAAGGAGUGCUACUUGGAGCAAUGGGGCAACCUCGUAGGAACUCCGCAGCUCGUUCCAAUGGCGAAGCUGGUGGUCACUAGCACUAUUCUCCAGUGUGCGCAGUUGCUACAGGUGGACGCAGCGGAGUUGGAUUUCUUCGCACGCAACAAGUUCGAUGUCUCGGACCGUGCCAGGUGUUUGUUACGUUGCAUUUUGAUCCGCCAGGGAUUGUUUAGUGGAGCUAGUGAGCCAAACUUCGAUCGUCUGUAUGUUCAGUGUGGGGGAUACAAGUUGGACGAGAAGACUUUCAAGCGAGGCGCCAGUGCUUGUGUGGACAAAAUCCGACACAAGGGCUACGAUAGCUGUAUGUUUGUAGCUCGAAUUGUCAACGAUUGUUUCACAAUGGAAACCGGACCGCUGUUGGGGCUGAUUGUGGGUGCAUUGCUGGCAUCAGGAGUAGCUUCGCUAUUGGCUGCAGCGAUUGCUUAUUCCGCGGUCACUCAACUAGCAUCCAUGGCUGUUGGAGAGGUUUUACCAUAUUUGGCGACAUUGGGUAUUGAAGGUGAUCAAGCUUUGGUUAUUUUCAACGCCAUAGAUGCAGCAUCUGGUGCUUUCGAAAAUACGCUGGAGGGAGGUCUAUGGGCCGCUCCAGAAGGGCUGAACGGAGGGUUGUGAAAUAAUGAAUGCUUUAUAUGAAA